UCCUUUUUUAUUCAAAUUUUGUUUUGUGUUUAAUUUAAUUUGUGUCUGUGUCUCCGUGUUAAUUAUUCCGAAAACCACCUGUAACUCCAUAUAGGUGACCUGCUGCCCUACGCCAAAUAUUCUGCGAAUCAAACAUGAAUGUUUGCCGCCUGUGCCUGUCGAAGGACGCCACAUUUCCUGUUUUCGGCACCGGCACGACUGCCAUAAGGAUAAUGUCCUGCACAUCGCUGGAAAUUGAGCCCGGGGAUGGCCUGCCGCAGCACAUAUGCACCGCCUGUCGCCUGCGGCUGGAGGAGAUGCACAGCUUCCGUCGCCGCUGCCAGGCGGCCGAUCGGCGUUUGAGGCGCCACAGGGCGUUGCUGCGGCAGGGGGUCAAAUCGCAGCUGGAGGAGGUGGAACGGGAGGAGGGAGACGCGCUGCAGGAUGUGGCAGGAUGCAGCAGGUCAGUCUGUUCGGAGAGCAAUGCCCAGUGGCGCCAGCAGGCUGCCCAGCUCAUCCGCACCGAAAUGGAUGCCUACAAGAAGGAGCUGCUCAGCACCUGCAAACAGGCUGUGCGCGCUGACAUCGAACUGGAGCUCCGGGCGGAACUGGAGAAGGCCGUCCUGGCCGAGGCCAAGCAGCAGUUGCGCCUGAGCGUCCUGGACGACGUCUUCUACGAGCUGGAGAGCUACUUUGUGCGCAAGCGCAACGAGACUGCCUGCGAGCAGGUCAACUGCACCGAGAGCCUGGCCUCCGACUCCGAGAUGCAGAUGAACUCCAGCAGUCAGCGGGCUGCAGAUAAUCCCGAUGGUUUCUACGACGCAGCGGCAGGCGAGGAACCUCUGGAAUUCAACGAUGACAGCGAGGUGGAGCUGCUAGCCUUUUCAGACGACGAACCAGAGCCCAGCAGGCAAUCAGCUUCCACUGCCACUUCUGUUAUUCCCGUUCCCAUGGUGGAGAUCAACAUGAACGACCCUCAGCUUAGCCAUUUGCGGGAGGAGUUCAACAGGGACGCCUUUUUGGGUAGUCACAAGUCUCCCAAGAGGGAUGUAAAAAACCAGACGCCAAUUCGCAAGAAGGUGCGCUUCCAGAGCCCCAAGAAGGAGCCCGAAAGACUCUGCCGGAAGCACAGACCCUGGUCAAGAAGGUACUCCCAUGCGAGUAACUACCCAUCCAGCAAUUGUGUGCGUUGCCGGCUCAGAGGAGCGGAUAAGCUCAAUAGCUCAGUUUCAUAG